GUAGCUGCCGCGGGGCUGCCAGCGGAGUUGCGCGCCGGGAUCUACGUAGGGCAGGGAAGUCAUGGCUUCUCCGUCCAAAGGCAACGACUUGUUCUCGUCCGAUGAGGAGGGCCCGGCCAUGGUGGCCGGGCCGGGCCCGGGGCCUGGGAGCGCCGAGGGGGGCGCCGAGGAGCGUCGCGUCAAGGUCUCCAGCCUGCCCUUCAGCGUGGAGGCGCUCAUGUCGGACAAGAAGCCGCCCAAGGAGGCGUCCCCGCUGCCGGCCGAAAGCGCCUCGGCGGGGGCCACCCUGCGGCCGCUGCUGCUGCCGGGACAUGGCUCCCGGGAAGCGCACAGUCCCGGGCCUUUGGUCAAGCCUUUCGAGACCGCCUCAGUCAAGUCGGAAAAUUCGGAAGACGGAGGGUCGUGGAUGCAGGAACCCGGCAGAUACUCGCCGCCACCAAGACACAUGAGCCCCACCACCUGCACCCUGAGGAAACACAAGACCAAUCGGAAGCCUCGCACGCCCUUCACCACGUCCCAGCUCCUUGCGCUGGAGCGCAAGUUCCGCCAGAAACAGUACCUCUCCAUCGCGGAGCGCGCGGAGUUCUCUAGCUCUCUGAACCUCACAGAGACCCAGGUCAAAAUCUGGUUCCAGAACCGAAGGGCCAAGGCCAAAAGACUGCAGGAGGCAGAACUGGAAAAGCUGAAGAUGGCAGCUAAACCUAUGCUGCCCUCCGGCUUCAGUCUCCCUUUUCCCAUCAACUCGCCCCUGCAAGCAGCGUCCCUGUACGGAGCCUCCUACCCUUUCCAUAGACCUGUGCUUCCCAUCCCGCCCGUCGGACUCUAUGCCACGCCAGUGGGAUACGGCAUGUACCAUCUAUCCUAAGGCCUUAAGACCGGAUCCAGAGACUCCAGGACGGAUAUUCGUUUAAAAGGGUUCCCCUCUCUCAAAGAAGGCGACCAACCCAGUCCUCCUGCAGCGGAAAUUUCAGGCACCAUUUGAAGAAGCCGCUGGGCCCACAGGGCCCCAAGUCAUAGUUUGAAUUUCUUCUUUAGGUGGGAGGCACCAACGUCCUGUUUACACGGUGUCAUAUCCUAAAUGCCCCCUUCUCCUUUCACGAAAAUUGGCUCUGGCAGUUUCUAUGUAUAAAUAUAUAUAUAUAAUAAAAUAUAAGACAUUUUUAUACAGCAAAA